UCCUUGGAAUAUCGGACGAACUAAAAUGCUUAACUUGACAUGACCUUGAUCGACCUUGAUUAAGCAACCAAACGAAGUCUCAAAGUAUAUUUUAGAAGCCAGUCGGCCAACAGCUUUCAGCCUUUCACGUUGUUGACAGACAUGGCUGAUUUGUAUUCAUUAUCACUCAGCUUUGCCAACAUUUCAAAAACUGUUUUGUGUGUCGUUUUAAAGGUGCCACAGAUCAUUAGUUUGGUGAACAGCAAAAGCACGACUGGCCUGAGUCUAUCCGGCACUCUACUUGAAUUGACUUCGUUUACUAUUGGGCUCUGCUACAAUGUAUUCAGCGGUUACGCACUUUCGUCCUAUUUGGAGUAUCCGAUUCUUGUCGGGCAGGUUCUCCUUCUGUUGGCCCUUUUACUCCAUUACAGUCGACGAAUCGGUCCGAAAUGGUUGGCCGCAUUUGGAGUUUAUUCAGCCGUCGUCUACGCCUUGUCCACAGGCAUGUUUCCUGGCGCUCUGCUAUUAGUCACGUUGAUGAGCCUUUGCACGCCGUUAUCUGCGGCGAGUAGACUGGUCCAAAUUCGAACUAUGCACGUCUCUCAAAAAUCGGAGUCUGUCAGUGUUUUGACUUGGUCAAUCGCCGUCUACACGUGCGUCAUGCGAAUUUUUAUUACUUUGGAUCGCGGUUUCGACGCUCCGCUGUUGGCCAACUACUCAGUUAGUUUGAUUCUUAAUUUGGCCGUGAUAACUUUGGCGUUGAAACUGAGACGGCCGUCGAAGAAAGACGAGAAAAUCGAGUGA